AUGAUAUCGAAGUUAAGGGAAGAUUUGAUAAAGGCCAAAACUGCAGCAGAAGAAGAAAGAUUUCAAAGAGAGAAGUACGAAGGAAAGUUGAAGGAUUUGGAAAUAAAACUUAACGGGUUAUGUAGUAAUACAUUAAUCGAGGAUACUAGGAAGAAAUCAAACGAAGAACUUACCUCUCUGAAAAAACAAUUAAGGGGUAUGGCAGAAGAGGCGGAAGAGAUGAAGAUUACGAUUGCGGAGAAAGACGAGCAACUUCAAGAGUACAGAUUGAAGUAUCUUCAAGCUCAACAGCAAGUUGAGGAAUACAAAAGACAAUUCGACUUAAUUGAGUAUGAUAACAAACAAGUUUCUGACCAGAUACAAGUAGAAAUACAGAAAAUGAAGAUGCAAUUUCAAGAGAAAUUACAAGAACUUGCUCCACUACCGGACCUAUUGAAAGGUGCCCAAAUACAAUUGCAAGAAGCGAAACAGUUGCAAAAGUUAGCCGAAGAAAAUUCACAAGAACUAUCGAAUGAGUUACACAGGGUAAAAGAAAAGCUCGUUUUAGCAGUAAAUAAUUUAAAUCAAGAAAAAGCAGAUAAAAUCAAAUUGUUUGAAGAAAAUAAAGAAAUCAAAAUUGAAUUGGAUGAUAAGCGAUUAGAAAUUGAUGACAUAAAUAGGGUUCUUGAUGAUUAUAAAUGUAACAUGUUAAGGCUAGAAGAGAAGUUGUCACAACUAGAGGCUAGAUAUAAAGAAAAGGCAAGUGAGUGCAUUCAAUUGGUAAAGGAUCUGGAAGAAAUCAGGUCUGAAAGUGCGAGGUCAUUAACGAGGAAUAAGGAGAGAUCGGAUUCUUUGCGAAGGUAUAUGCAAACUCAAAUAUCGGAGUUGGAGAGACAGCUGAUACAAAGCCGAGCGCAGUGUCGGUCCUGUCUCAAGGAGAGAGAUGACAUACGUCAACGCAUGCAAAUCCAAAUAAGCAACCUUCAAGAGAACUUCGAUAUGGUAGAAAUUCGAUUGCGGACUUUGCAAAAUCAAAUCACGUCUCUGAAGAACAGCUACGCGGUGAUACUUGCUGAUGAAGAUGACACAGAUAUCAACAAGAUUGUUACAACUACCUGUGAUUAA